AUGGCGGGUGCUAUAUUGAAGAAUUCCGGUUACAAUGGUGGAGCGUGUUGCUUGGGUGGAGGUUCUGGAGUGGGAAAGUAUGGGUCUGGGGGAGGCUGGGGUGCUGGUUCUGGAUGGUGUGGCAUUGGAAGUGGAGCAGGUGGGUCCUUCUAUAACUUCGGUUAUGGUGCUGUUGGUGCUACAGGCGGAGAUGGUGGACUUCUCUCAGGUAGCGAAAAGGAAACCUUGCAGAACCUUAAUGACCGUUUGGCCUCCUACCUGGGCAAAGUAAAUGCUCUGGAAGAGGCAAAUACAGAGCUUGAACACAAAAUCAAGGACUGGUAAGAGAAAUUUGGACCACAUACUGAUGGAACACCUCACAACUACAGUAAAUACUGUGCUAUUAUUGAAAACCUUGUAAAUCAGAUCAUUGCUGCAACUGUUGACAAUGCCAGGAUCAUUCUGCAAAUUGACAAUGCCAGGCUGGCUGCUGCUGACUUCAGACCGAAAUAUGAGAAUGAGAUAUACCUCCACCAAAGUGUUGAAGCCGACAUCAAUGGUCUACGUAAAGUCAUGGAUGAAAUAACUCUUGCCAAGAGUGACCUGGAGAUGCAGAGUGAAAACCUGAAUGAAGAGCAGGCUUACCUCAAGAAGAACCAUGAGGAGGAAAUGAAAAGUUUGCAAAGCACAAUCUCUGGUGAUGCUAAUGUAGAAAUUAAUGCUACUCCAGGAAUUGGUGUCACUACUCUUCUGAAUAAAAUGAGAGCAGAGUAUGAGGCCCUCACUGAGCAAAAUCGGAAAGACGCUGAAGCCUGGUUCAGUGAAAAGAGUAAAGAAUUCAAUGUACAGAUCAACUUUAGUGCUGAGGAGACCAGUACCAACAAAAGGCAGAUUACUGAACUGAAACGCACUCUUCAAGCCUUGGAGAUAGAGCUGAAAUCCCAACUUGUUCUGAAACAAUCUCUUGAAGCCACCUUGACAGAGACAGAAGGUCGUUAUUGUGCACAACUUUCAGAAAUACAAGUGGUGAUUAGCAGCAUGGAGACACAAGUGCAACAGAUAAGGGAUGAUAUGGAAUGCCAGAAUUCAGAGUAUGAAUUACUCCUGGACAUCAAGAUUCAUCUGGAAAAUGAGAUUGAGGUUUACCACCGCCUGUUAGAUGGAGAGGGAAGUUAA